CACAAACAGGAGAGGGAGUGGUGAGCCACCGCUGGAGAGGCGGGAAGGCAGGGAAGGGGGGGCGCGGGGUAUAAAUGCGCGCCUGCCCAGGCGCAAGCAGAGGAGCCAUAGAGCCCAGUCUAGCUGCCCUUCAGACCCGGUGGCCUCUAGCCAAGACCGUUCCUGAACCUCCCAAAGACAUCCUGGGCAGGUGGCUGGGAGGCAUCCCUGAGUCUGUCCCACAGCACAAUCCUGGAGGGUGGCCAGAAGGAGAAAGGCAGCGAGGCCAUGCCCUCCGUGGCUAUGUGGGCACCCAAUGCAUCCUGGUGGGCUCUGGCCAACUCAUCAGGCUGCCCUGGUUGCAGUGCCAAUGCUUCAGACGGCCUGGACCCUGCGCCAUGGUCUGUGGACGCCUGGCUUGUGCCACUCUUCUUUGCUGCCUUAAUGCUGCUUGGGCUGGCAGGGAACUCACUGGUCAUCUAUGUCAUCUGCCGCCACAAGCAGAUGAGGACGGUGACCAACUUCUACAUCGCCAACCUAGCAGUCACAGAUGUGACCUUCUUGCUGUGUUGUGUGCCCUUCACGGCCCUGUUGUACCCACUGCCUGCCUGGGUCCUGGGAGACUUCAUGUGCAAGUUUGUCAACUACAUUCAGCAGGUCUCAGUGCAGGCCACGUGUGCCACUCUGACAGCCAUGAGCGUGGACCGCUGGUAUGUGACAGUUUUCCCGCUGCGUGCCCUGCACCGCCGCACACCCCGCCUCGCACUGACAGUCAGCCUCAGCAUCUGGGCUGGCUCUGCGGCAGUGUCUGCGCCGGUGCUUGUCUUGCACCGCCUGUCGCCAGGACCACGCACUUACUGCAGCGAGGCCUUCCCCAGCCGCGCCCACGAGCGCGCCUUCGCGCUCUACAACCUGCUGGCGCUCUACCUGCUCCCGCUGCUCGCCACUUGUGCCUGCUACGGGGCCAUGCUGCGCCACCUAGGCCGGGCCGCAGUGCGCCCUGCGCCUGCAGACAGUACCCUCCAGGGGCAGCUGCUGGCUGAACGGGCAGGCGCUGUACGCGCCAAGGUGUCGCGACUGGUGGCAGCGGUGGUCCUGCUCUUCGCGGCCUGUUGGGGACCCAUCCAACUGUUCCUUGUGCUGCAGGCGCUUGGCCCGGCCGGCGCCUGGCACCCGCGCAGCUAUGCAGCCUACGCGCUCAAGACUUGGGCGCACUGCAUGUCGUACAGUAACUCCGCGCUGAAUCCACUGCUCUACGCGUUCCUGGGUUCCCACUUUAGACAGGCCUUCCUCCGCGUCUGCCCCUGCGCGCCUCUACGCCCCCGCCGGCCAGGGCCCUCGGACUCUGCCGUCCCCCACGGUGAGCUGCACCGCCUGGCCGCCCAUCCCGCCACCUCCAGGACUCCGAAGCCCAGGAGAAACGAGGCAGUCCACAGGCUGUGUAUCCUGGAGGAACACACUGCUCCUCUGUGAGCCAAGCUCAGAAGUCCAGUGGGCCUCUCUGGAGUGGGGCUGCUUGAACGACAGCUCUUCUUUUCUCAAUAUCUUUUUUUUUUUUUGCAGUUUUUGGCCAGGGCUGGGUUUGAACCCGCCACCUCUGGUAUAUGGGCCCGGCGCCCUACUCCUUUGAGCCACAGGCGCUGCCCCAUUAUUAUUUUUUGAGACAUAGAGUCUCACUACGUGGCAUGAUAGUUCACAUCAACCUCAAACUCUUGGGCUUAAGCGAUUCUCUUGCCUCAGCCUCCCAAGUAGCUGGGACUACAGGUGCCUGCCACAAAGUCUGGCUAUUUUUUGUUGCAGUUGUCAUUGUUCUUUAGCUGGCCUGGGCCGGGUUGGAACCCGCCAGCCUUGGUGUAUGUAGCUGGGGCCAUAACCAUUGUGCUAUGGGUGGGCCAUGAGCCUCUCAUUAAUAUCUUUGUUGUCCAAGAUAAUCAGUGAAAAUUUCUUGUCCUGGGCAGUGCCUGUGGCUCAGGGAGUAGGGCGCCAGCCCCAUAUACCAAGGGUGGCAGGUUCAAACCCCGCCCCAGCCAAACUGCAACAACAACAAAAAAAUAGCCGGGUGUUGUGGUGGGCACCUGUAAUCCCAGCUACUUGGGAGGCUGAGACAAGAGAAUCGCCUAAGCCCAACAGCUGGAGGUUGCUGUGAGCUGUGAUGCCAGGGCACUCUACCCAGGACAACAAAGUGAGACUCUGUCUCAAAAAAAAAAAAAAAAGUCUUGUUCUCUUGUGACAUUUGGUAUGGGUUUGCUGUGAUGUUAGCUUGUUACUAUUGUAAUUAUUUCUGUAUUUCCUGAGAUUAAAGACGU